AUGAAGAACUUCAUAGACCUAGUUCCCGACCCUCAUGACGAAGUUUCGCAAAAGGUGAUCAACCUUCGGCAGCGUUUUCGCUCUAACAGACGCACAAUAACCACGUCGGUCCACCAAUAUUCGCGGCAGGAGAACAAUGUAAUUCAGCAGCACAAAAGACGUUCAGUAUACCAAGAUAACAGUCCAUCGAUCGAUCUGCAAGGGCGUAGCCUUUUUACGCGAAGCCGAGUUGCUCUCGAUGUUCGAAGUUACGGGUGGAAGUUCGUCAGAGCUGAUCAGACGUUAUGUGAUGUUGAUCCUCAGAAGUAUCUUUACGAAUUGAUUCGAGGUAAACAUCUGUCGGAUUCGGCAAUUCAGGCUGAGAAGGAGCAUUAUUUGCAGCAAUCGCUGGUACUGCAGCAGAACAAGUUUUCCGUAACUACGAAAAGUUUGGAUUCUUUUGACUAUAACUACGUCCAGUCAGUUGCGAAAUCUCUGAACCGAACGAAGAUCAAGGGACCUAUGGUAGUGAAAGCAUUCUUCGGACAGACGCGAUUCCAGAUAAACAGCCUCGACACCAAUCGUGAAUUCCGCUUGAGCGAGCUGCCUAAUUUAAAAUCGAGCUGGUCAAACGUCUGCAAUGAUAAAGAUCCUACCAUACGCGCACUUGUUGGUGAGCUGAAUGGUGGUGGAGCGUCGGAAAUCACUACACUAAGACUAGCCGUUCGCUGCUGCUUAACAACACAAAAUGGCCCUCGAUAUGCAAAGAUUUCGUUCCUUCGGAAAGAAGGUAAAUGGGUUUACGAGAGGGCCUGCGCUUUGAUAAGUAAAUAUGGGUGCCACGAUAUAUUCUUGAGAAAUCACACCUGCUUCCGCGUGAAGAUUUUCUCUCACGUAUCAACGCCGGGCAAAACCUGGUGGAGCACAAUUCACAAGUCGUUUUGCUUUCAUGAGGCCAGCGAUGGAGACCCGUUCGCCACAAAAGUCACGCUAGAAGCGUGUCCACGCGAAAACGUUCGAAUUGAUAAUGUCAGUAUAAAGGAAACAAGUGGCACGGUAAAGUUUCGUGGGCUAUACUUCCAGCUAUCGAAGAAGCAAGACAGUAUUUCGCUGCAAGCGGCACCACCUCGAAACAAGCUUCAGAAGAAGCGAGCGGGUGACUGCUUCGAGUUUUUGGUGACGAGGCUAGUACAAAUUCUGGAUAAUGCCUAA